AUAAAAUUAUCUUGAUAGUGUAUUCACCUGUAUAAAUUCAGUUAAUAAUGGAGAACUCGCUAUUGACUGCAGAAAAUAUUUUAUGCCAUCUGCGUCAAAAUCGGUCGAAUAAAAAAGAUUUGCAAGUUUUCAAACUUCUGGAAAACGUUGAAAAACAUGGAGUUGAAAAUAAAAGUCAACAACAUAGAAGUCUUGAGGAGCUAUUACAACUGCUUACUAAUGCAACCACAAACACACGCAUCACAACUGAUGAUGCCAUUGGGUGUGUUAUUUGGAUGACAUAUUUACAGGAACAGCAGAAGCUUCCUAGUUUGGAUGAAUCUCAAUUUGAAAUUCUGUUAAAAUGGAUUUUAGAACAACAUCAGUGUAAUGAAAACAACACAGAUUCCGUGUCCCGUAUAUUAAUUGCUCUUGGAACCCUGUUCAUGUUGCAUCCUAGUUACGGAGAUAGCUAUUUCACUUCUACACUUAAUAUAAUAUUGAGGUAUAUUUCGUAUGAGACUUAUCCAUCUCUUUUGAUAGGGGCUCUACAGUGUGUGGACAAAAUUCUAAGUUCCUUAAAUGAUGUCAAACUUUCUGACGAACAGUGCGCAGCAUGUGCAGAUGCGGGCAUUAAAUUAAUCCAGUUGCAUUAUGGAGACGUGAAACUUGUAGUGGAUAGUUUCAAUAUUACAGUUGUGAUUCAAUGCUCUUUACAAAUAUUGCAUAAAAUAGUGACAAUGAAUCCGAAUUUCGCUAAACUUCAGGUUUCUGAAUUGUUAGGAAUAUCAAAGGCAUAUUUUCAUUACGGUGUUGAUGCAACAGAGACUUCCCUGGUAAAACCACAAAAAGUUUAUAUGUCACAACAGUCUCUUUACGACUCAGCGGAAGAAAUUGAAACCAUAAUUAAUUCGGAGAAUGCAAGAAGUUGUGGUGGAAAAACGCCUAAAAUGCGAAAACCACGAGCUGUUGUAAAAAAUUCACGACCGAGUGACUAUAAAUCAAUCAAUCGUAGCCCGGAAAACCGAUGUGACACCACAGUUUUUGAUAUAAAAAUAAGUGACUCUGAGGCAUCAGAACCGGAAAAUGCGACAAAUCGCAUUUUGUUCGAGAGAAGCAGAAAAGCAAGAAUACGUCUAGCAGCUAUUAGCUUAGUUGGAGCAGUAAUAAGAAUUCUAGAACGUAAAACACUUUUUGGCUAUUGGCAUGCUUUUUUUCCAAGUGGAUCAGCUGAAUCCAUUGAUAAUUUACUAUAUGUUGCUCAACAUGAUCCCAAUUUAAGGUGUCGCAGUGCAGCUCUACAAGUUUGCACUCACCUACUUUACGGAUCAAAGGGCUUUUUGCACCAGUCUGAAAUUAACGUCAAACGAUGUCCAACAACGUUUAUACCGUUUUCAGUAAGCUUAGGAUAUACGGUACUUGCCAUUUACAAAUCACUUACUACAAUACUAUCUUCAGAAUCAUCAUUGCCUGUGUUGACACAAGCUCUCAAGUGUUUGGCGGUUUUAGUGCAGUCAUCACCAUUCCAACAGUUUGAAAGGGGGUUUGUGCAGAAUUUUGUAAAAGACGUUAAACCGUUGAUAUAUCAUCGUGAUGCAGCAAUUCAAGUAUCCGCUCUUAUGGUUAUGGAAUUUUUGAUAGCGUUACCAGAAACAACAGAAGAUAUUGCAGAAGCAGUAGGACUUCCUGUGACAAUGAAAAAUAGAUCAAAAUUACAUGUGGGUGAUGAAGAAAUUGACAUUGUUGAUAUAGAAGAAUAUGUUGACUCUGAAGACGACACUUGCGACAACCGAAAUACUGAUGAAGAAACAAAUAAAACCAGUGCCAGUUUAUCUCCGAAUACUGAAGAUACAUCAUGGUUAUUGAGACGAGUAUUGCAUAAUUUAACAAGACAGGAAAAAGCGAUAGCAACUUCAGUGCGAAUCGAAAGUCUACAAGUUCUUAUGGUUAUGUGUUCACAUUUUGCAAUGAUUAAACCACACUUGACAAGGGUAUCGGACGUACUGCAGCACAGUUUAAAUGAUGUAUUGCCAGAUGUACGAUUAUAUGCUGCACGAUGUAUAGAUGCAUGUGCCUAUCAAAUUAGUCGUUAUCUGUUGGAUAAUGCCUCAUGUCCUGAUAUUGAAAUACGUGAGUGCAAUAAAUUUUGGUUAAACAUGAUGCCCGUUAUUGUGGGUCACAUAGGAGGCGAUUCUGAGGAGAUGACAACAGUACGGAUUACUUUGUGCGAUGCCUUAUCAAAUAUAGGAGUUCUGAUGUAUGAACAUACCACCCAUUCCAGUCAAAUUAGCCUACUGAGCUUUCUAUCUGGCGUUAGUAGUGAUAACUCUGAAGAGACCAUGGUGCGUGCAGCUGCUGUUAGAGCUCUAGCUGUAUUCGCUCUUUACCCAUCCUUACGAGGGGAUUUAGUGUUUAUUGAAAAUACUGCAGAAUUAACGCUUCGUCUUGUAAAAGAUUCCAAUUUGGUAGUACGUGUAAAAAGUUUCUGGUCUCUUGGCAAUAUAAGUGAUGCUCUUAUUGGUAAAGGAACAACAGAGUUGCCGUAUCUGCGCCAGGAACAUAUUUCGAACGACUUGCUUUAUCGUCUUAUAAAUGCAGCUACUACCGCUUGCAGCGACAACGACAAAGUUCGUUGCAAUGCUGUGCGAACAUUAGGAAAUUUGUUGCGACUACUAACCGACGAACAUUUCAACAGCGAUAAUAGCAAAUUAAAUUGGCGUGAAACCUUUGCAAAAUCCAUUUGUAAGCUAACGGAUUGUAUUCGUUCUUCUGGCAAUGCAAAAGUAAAAUGGAACACUUGUUAUGCCAUUAGCAAUUUAAUGCGCAAUCGAACCAUAUUCAACGUGAGCGACUUAAAUUGGCAAGAUACACUUUAUUCGGCUUUAUGUCAUGUAAUAGUGCAUCAUUCCAACUUCAAAGUACGUAUUAAUGCCUCGUCUGCUAUAACAAAUAUCAUGGAAAGAUCUCAUUUUGGUGUUCAUUAUGAAAAGUUUUGGUCAUCUGUAUUGGAGGCUAUAGAGCAAUCUUAUAAUUUGGAAAAUUUCCAUGAAUACAAUCAUCGAGAUAGUCUUCAAGAACAGCUUUGCUUGGCACUUUGCCAUCUCGUAAAGCUUGCAAGCCAUGAAGAUUUACCAACGCUAAAGAAACAUAUUUUGCCGCAUGUUGAAAUUAUACGCAACACCUGGAAACGCGUCAUUAAUCGUAUGGUACCCGAAAAAGCAGCACCUCUACUAUCCUGUCCAGUUGUAUUGUUAGAGCGCGGAAAGUCUCAGAAUGCGUUGUCUAUGGAACAAAAGAAUGCAGUGGACUUUUUAAUAGAAAUAUUUAGCACAGAAUAAAAAACAAUAAGACGGUCGAUAGAUAAGUUUGUUCAUUAUAUUGUUCAUCUUUAUUUCAACAUUUUGGCAAUAAAACUUUUGUAUGUAUUACAAACUA